AUGCCCAAUCCAUCACCCGAGGUCCCAGAAGAAGUCGAAACAAAGGAUGAAAUCGAACAGAAAGAGAGUAGGAGGCAUGGGGAGAAGAAGCAAGAAAAGGAGGAGGAGAAACAUAGAAGACACGAGAAGAGGCAUACCCGGGAUUCUUCAGAUGACAAGAGGAAACACCACAGGGAAGACAAGGACAAAGACAGGAAGAAGAAGAGAAGGAGACACGACUCUGAUGAAGAAUAG